AUGGGUACUUCCCCAGGGACAUUCCUGAUCCUGGGAUGUUUCCUCACAGGCCCGUUCCUAACAUUUUGCCAGCUUCCUCUGCCGACUAUUGUUCCCAACAGAAAUGAAAUGGUUGUACAGCUCAAUUCCAAUUUCACACUCAAAUGCUCUGGAGACAGCGAAGUGAGCUGGCAGUACCCAGUGACUGAGGGAAGCCACAGGAUAGACAUCAGACAUGAAGAGAACAACAGUGGCCUCUUCGUGACAGUGCUGGAAGUAGGAAAUGCCUCAGCUGCUCACACGGGCCUGUAUGUUUGCUAUUACAACCACACUCAAGUGGAGGAUGGGGAAGUGGAGGGGAAGGACAUCUACAUCUAUGUGCCUGACCCAGACAUGCCUUUUGUUCCUUCCAUACCAGAAGAUCAGUUCAUCCUAGUAGAAGAAGGUGAUCCCACCAUUAUCCCAUGUCGGACAAGUGACCCAAAUGCUCAAGUGACUUUAAUUAACAGUUUAGACAAGGCUGUGUAUGCUUUCUAUGACAACAAGCAAGGCUUCAUAGGAAACUUCCUUGCGGGAUCAUACACAUGCAAAACAACAGUUAAAGGUGUGGAGUUCAAGUCUGAUGUGUUCCUCAUCUAUAUUUUAAGAGCUACUUCACAGCUGCCGGUUGAAAUUGAAGCUCUUAAAACUGUCUACAAAACAGGCGAGACCAUCGUAGUAACUUGUGUGGUCUUUGACAACGAGGUGGUUAAUUUACAGUGGAAUUAUCCUGGGAAAGUGAAAGAAAAAGGUGUGAUAAAACUUGAUGAUAUCAAAGUCCCAUCGCAGAAGCUGGUUUACACCUUGACCAUUCCUGAGGCAUCAGUGAAAGACACAGGGGAUUAUGAAUGUACUGCUCGGCAUGCAACCAAGGAGGUUAAGGAAAAUAAGAAAGUAGUCAUUACAGUUCAUGACAAAGGGUUCAUUCAUCUAGAGCCUCAGUUUAGCCCUUUGGAAGCUGUCAAUCUACAUGAAGUCAAAAAUUUUGUCGUCGAUGUGCAGGCGUACCCAGCUCCAAAAAUGUACUGGUUGAAGGAUAAUGUGACUCUGAUUGAAAAUCUUACUGAGAUUGUUACUAGUUCAAGCAGAGUCCAGGAAACAAGGUUUCAAAGUAUACUAAAAUUGAUCCGGGCCAAGGAAGAAGAUAGUGGAUCUUAUACUUUGGUUGCUGAAAAUGAAGAUGAGAUUAAAAGAUACACCUUCUCACUGCUAAUACAAGUUCCAGCCUUGAUCUUAGACCUUGUGGAUGACCACCAUGGCUCUGCAGGGGGACAGACAGUGAGGUGCUUGGCAGAGGGGACCCCGCUUCCUGAUGUGGAAUGGCUAGUUUGCAAGGACAUUAAAAGAUGCAGCAAUGACACUUCAUGGACUCUUCUGACUAAUAAUAUCUCUGAUAUACACAUGGAAGCCCAUCUGGAUGAGAAGAACAUGGUGGAAAGCCAGGUGACCUUCCAGAAAGUAGAGGAAACCCUGGCUGUGCGAUGUGUGGCAAGAAACGACCUUGGUGCUGUUACUCGGGAACUGAAACUUGUGGCUCCCACCUUGCGAUCAGAACUGACGGUGGCUGCUGCAGUCUUAGUACUAUUAGUGAUUGUGAUAAUUUCACUGAUUGUCCUGGUCAUCAUCUGGAAGCAGAAGCCAAGGUAUGAGAUAAGAUGGAGAGUCAUUGAGUCUAUCAGCCCCGACGGCCAUGAAUACAUUUAUGUGGACCCAAUGCAACUGCCUUAUGACUCCAGAUGGGAGUUUCCUCGAGAUGGGUUAGUGCUUGGUCGAAUCCUUGGUUCUGGUGCAUUUGGAAAAGUGGUUGAAGGGACUGCGUAUGGAUUGAGCCGUUCUCAACCAGUGAUGAAAGUAGCUGUGAAAAUGCUGAAACCUACAGCUAGAUCCAGUGAAAAACAGGCGCUCAUGUCUGAACUGAAGAUAAUGACACAUCUCGGGCCCCACCUGAAUAUUGUGAACCUGCUUGGAGCUUGUACAAAAUCAGGUCCUAUUUACAUCAUCACCGAAUACUGCUUUUAUGGUGAUUUGGUGAACUAUCUGCACAAGAACAGGGACAAUUUCCUGAGCCGCCACCCAGAGAAGCCCAAGAAAGAUUUGGAUAUCUUUGGGAUGAACCCAGCUGAUGAAAGCACAAGAAGUUAUGUGAUUUUAUCAUUUGAAAACACUGGAGAAUACAUGGACAUGAAACAAGCUGAUACAACCCAGUACGUGCCAAUGCUGGAAAGGAAGGAGGGAUCUAAAUAUUCUGAUAUUCAGAGAUCUGUGUAUGAUCGGCCGGCUUCAUAUAAGAAGAAAUCUUUGUCAGAAUCAGAAGUCAAAAAUCUUCUUUCAGAUGACAGUUCAGAGGGCCUCAGCCUAUUGGAUUUGCUGAGCUUCACCUACCAGGUUGCACGGGGAAUGGAAUUCUUGGCUUCUAAAAAUUGCGUACACCGUGACUUGGCAGCUCGUAAUGUCCUUCUGGCUCAAGGAAAAAUCGUGAAGAUCUGUGACUUUGGGUUGGCUAGAGACAUCAUGCAUGAUUCCAACUACGUCUCCAAGGGCAGCACUUUCCUCCCAGUAAAAUGGAUGGCACCUGAAAGCAUUUUUGACAAUCUGUACACAACAUUAAGUGAUGUCUGGUCUUAUGGCAUUCUGCUGUGGGAAAUAUUUUCUCUUGGUGGCACACCAUAUCCUGGCAUGAUGGUUGAUUCUACUUUCUACAAUAAGAUAAAGAGUGGCUACCGAAUGGCAAAACCCGAUCAUGCUACCAAUGAAGUGUAUGAGAUCAUGGUGAAAUGCUGGAACAGUGAACCUGAGAAAAGACCCUCUUUUUACCACUUGAGUGAAAUUGUGGAGAGCUUGUUGCCUGGAGAGUACAAAAAGAGCUAUGAGAAGAUUCACCUGGACUUCCUGAAAAGCGAUCACCCAGCUGUCACACGCAUGAGAGGGGACUGUGACAAUGCUUACAUUGGUGUCACCUACAAGAACGAAGACAAGUUAAAGGACAGGGAGAGUGGAUUUGAUGAGCAGAGGCUGAGUGCUGACAGCGGAUACAUCAUCCCCCUGCCUGAUAUUGACCCUGUUUCUGAAGAUGAGCUUGGCAAGAGGAACCGGCACAGUUCCCAGACAUCUGAAGAAAGUGCCAUUGAAACUGGUUCCAGUAGCUCUACUUUUAUCAAGAGAGAGGACGAGACCAUUGAGGACAUUGACAUGAUGGAUGACAUCGGGAUUGACUCCUCAGACCUGGUAGAGGACAGCUUCCUGUAACCCCACGGACACCCUCUGACUCUGCACAUGGGGAAGCUUGCCGUGCUGUCUACAGACUUCUGCUCCACAGAGAAAACCACUUUAUUGCAAUGUCAAGGAUGUGAAGAGAAGAUGGAUUUGUACAGAGAAACUCCCAGUGAUGGGCACGGGAAUCAGCCUGAGUGUGAAUGAGAGAGACGUGUUGAAGAUGGAUUUUUUUAGUGUUGCUUCUUGCAGUACUUCAUUAGCAUCUCAGUGUUGUUUGCCAUUCAAACUGGUAGGAGGGAGAAGGAAAAGGCCACAAACAGACCAGUUUUGUGUUUCAAGGGCAUUCCUGUGACUUUGAUGUAUAGAAUUUCCACUGCAGCAAUACUUCACCAUUGUAAUUAUGUAAAUAACUGUCUACUCAAGGAUCUUCUGAGGUGCAC